AAAAAAAUCUUAGUCUCUGUUUUUUGUUUUUUUCGGCUUUUGCUUUUUCGUUUGCGUCGAUUCCACAGCCUCCGUUAUUCGGAUUCUCUCCUCUAUUUGAGUUGUAGCGAUUUCUCUUCUUCACUAUCACUCUGUGACUCAACGUAACCUGAACCCAGGUGGAAACUUUUUGUGCAGCACAAAUAUAUGUAAUAGUGAGUCUGAGAGUGAAAGCUAAAGCUUAACAGCCAUGCAAAGGGAUAAUAAUACCUCUGCUCCAUCAACUCCUUCUGCUCGGAUUCGGAAUCGUAGACGGUCUACUGAGGUUAUUCCAGAGGCUAGCAAAUCAAAUGGAAGCCCUUUACUUGUUGAUGAUCAUAACAAAUACAGGUCCAUGUUGAUCCGUGCAUACUCAACUCUUUGGAUGAUUGGGGGAUUUGCAUUUAUAGUCUACAUGGGUCAUCUCUAUAUUACAGCCAUGGUGGUGGUCAUCCAAAUAUUUAUGGCCAGAGAGCUGUUCAAUCUACUUAGAAAAUCACAUGAAGAUAGGCAUCUUCCUGGAUUUAGGCAAUUAAAUUGGUACUUCUUCUUCACUGCAAUGCUAUUUGUGUAUGGUCGUCUCCUCAGUCAACGGCUUGUCAAUACUGUGACUUCAGACAAAUUUUUAUAUCAGCUUGUGAGCAGCCUUAUCAAGUACCAUAUGGUCGCCUGCUACUUUUUGUAUAUUGCAGGUUUUAUGUGGUUCAUUCUUACAUUGAAGAAGAAGAUGUAUAAGUAUCAAUUUGGCCAGUAUGCAUGGACACAUAUGAUUCUGAUCGUGGUGUUUACUCAGUCAUCAUUCACUGUUGCCAAUAUUUUUGAAGGAAUUUUUUGGUUUCUUCUUCCAGCAUCACUUAUUGUCAUUAAUGACAUUUUUGCUUAUAUCUUUGGCUUUUUCUUUGGAAGAACCCCGCUUAUCAAAUUAUCCCCAAAGAAAACAUGGGAGGGAUUCAUUGGAGCAUCUGUCACAACCAUCAUCUCUGCAUUUGUGCUUGCAAAUAUCCUGGGUCGUUACCGGUGGCUAACCUGUCCAAGAAAGGAUCUGUCCACUGGUUGGCUGCACUGCGAUCCUGGUCCAUUGUUUAAGCCAGAGCAUUUUACUUUACCAGGAUGGGUUCCUCUGUGGUUUCCUCAGAAAGAGAUCUCUGUUCUGCCAGUUCAGUGGCAUGCUUUAGGGCUUGGUUUAUUUGCAUCAAUAAUAGCACCGUUUGGAGGCUUUUUUGCUAGUGGUUUUAAAAGAGCUUUUAAAAUCAAGGAUUUUGGUGACAGUAUCCCUGGGCAUGGUGGAAUUACAGAUAGAAUGGAUUGCCAGAUGGUGAUGGCUGUUUUUGCAUACAUUUAUCAUCAAUCUUUUAUCGUGCCACAAAGCAUCUCUGUGGAAAUGAUCUUGGACCAGAUAUUGACAAACCUUUCUUUCGAGGAGCAACACGCCCUACUCAUGGAGCUGGGGCAGAUCUUGCAGGAAAGACUUUGACAUUCUUAGACCAUUUAGGCCUAAAUUUGUGGGGGGCUUGUCUUCCUUCUUCUUCGAACUCUCUAAUAUAACAUGGUGGCACAUUGACAAAAGAGGAGGAGAAGAAUGUUUUAUACAUGGUGCAGUGCUGUCUUUUCCCCACUCAAAUGUUUAGGCAGAGGAAAUUUUUAUGAGCACACUGUAUAGCGUCUGUAGCUAUUUAAUACACAGGAAUCCUCAAUGGAGGAUAACUCUGUUAUGUCUUGUUCCUUCUCGAAUUUCUAUGCUGGUUGAAUAUUGCAUGGUGAUGAAUGAUCAAAUCAAAAAAUGGUUAUUGC